AUGGCCAACCCUCAAGACGAAGUCCACCACCGUUCCCUCAACGACCCCGAGGGCUUCUGGGGCCACCAGGCAGAAUACCUCUACUGGCACAAGAAACCCUCAGCCGUGCUUACCCGGACGACCAAGCGUCUCAAAACGGGCGACACCCUUGCCCACUGGGAGUGGUUUCCGGGCGGCGAGAUAUCAACCUGCUACAACUGCCUGGACCGCCAUGUUCUCGCAGGCAACGGCGACUCUCUCGCCAUCGUCUACGACAGUCCUGUCACCAACACGAAGCAGCGCAUCACAUACAAGCAACUGCUCCAUGAAGUCGAGGUCUUCGCGGCCGUCCUGCGGGAGGAGGGUGUUAAGAAGGGGGACGUCGUGCUCGUCUACAUGCCCAUGAUCCCUGCUGCUCUGAUUGGUAUUCUUGCCAUCAACCGCCUGGGCGCGAUCCAUGCGGUGGUCUUUGGAGGCUUCGCCGCCGGUGCGCUAGCGCAGCGCAUCGAGGCGUCGCGGCCCGUAGCCGUUCUCGCCGCCUCGUGUGGCAUCGACGGGAACAAGCCGCCCAUUCCCUACCGCGAGUACGUCGAGGAAGCCAUCCGCAUCUCGCCAUGGAAGCCACCAACGACAAUUGUCUGGCAGCGUGAUCAACUCCCCUGGCGGCCCAUCCGCAAAUUGGAGGGCCAGAGGAAGUGGCAGAACCUUGUCAAGAGUGCCCGCGCCCGCGGUCUGAGGGCUGAGUGUGUGCCGGUCAAUUCGACAGACCCCAUCUACAUCAUCUACACCAGCGGGACAACUGGCUUGCCAAAGGGCGUGCUCCGAGAGGCCGGCGGCCAUGCCGUUGGCCUGCACCUGUCCAUCUCGUAUUUAUUUGGCAUCCAUGGCCCGGGCGACGUGAUGGGCUGUUUCAGCGACAUUGGCUGGGUUGUCUCGCACAGCUAUACGCUCUACGGGCCUCUCCUGACCGGCGCCGCCACGGUCCUCUAUGAAGGCAAGCCGGUAGGCACCCCGGACGCAUCUGCUUUCUGGCGCCUGGUGGAAGAGUACAGGAUCAACACCAUGUUCACGGCGCCGACAGCUCUGCGCGCUAUCCGCAAGGACGACCCGGACAACGCCCACUUCACGCGCAUUGGAGAGCGCGGCGGGUUGAGGAGUCUCAAGGCCCUGUUCCUCGCUGGCGAGCGGUCCGAACCGGCCAUCAUUACUAUGUAUCAGGAUCUGCUGAACAAGUACGGCGCCGCGAAUGCGCUGGUGGUCGAUAACUGGUGGUCGUCGGAGUCGGGCUCGCCCAUCUCUGGUAUUGCCCUGGUGCCGCGUGCAGGCAAGUGCAAGGGAAUAGACAUGAACGACGAACAAACACCGCUGGGUAUUAAGCCCGGGAGUGCAGGCAAGGCUAUGCCUGGGUUCGACGUCAGAGUCGUCGACGAUGAAGGGCACGAAGUCCCACGCGGCAAGAUGGGCAACAUCGUCCUAGCCCUCCCGCUCGCGCCUACCGCCUUCCGCACGCUCUGGAAAGACGAAGGAAGGUUCUACAAGGGCUAUCUGAAGCGGUUUGGCGGCCGGUGGCUCGACACGGGCGACGCCGGCUGCAUCGACGAGAACGGCUACAUCCACAUCAUGGCGCGGACAGACGACAUCAUCAACGUCGCCGCCCACCGCCUCAGCACAGGCGCCCUCGAGCAAGCCAUUACCUCGCACCCGCUCGUGACCGAGGCCUGCGUCGUAGCCAUCCCAGAUGCCCUCAAGGGCCACCUGCCCUUCGCCUUUGUCGCCACCACCACCACUUCUUCUUCUUCUAUCUCAUCUUCUUCCCCUUCUUCUUCUCCCACUGUCCCGGGCGAGGACAACAACCACAGCAAGCUCUUUGACGAGAUCCAGGCGCUCGUCCGCACCCAGGUCGGCCCCAUCGCCAGUCUGGGCGGCAUAAUCCGGGGCCCGGCAACAGGGAAGAGCAUGAUCCCCAAGACGAGGUCCGGGAAAACGCUGCGCAGGGUGCUGAGGGAGCUGUUGGAGAAUGCGGUGCGGGGCGAGUUUGAUGCCGAGGUUAGUGUGCCGUCGACGGUGGAGGAUGCCGGGGCGGUCGGCGUUGCUAGGGAGAUGGUGAGGCGGUAUUUUAGGGAGGGGGGAGGGAGUCUGAGGCAUCGGGCUAUUGAGGGUGAGGAGGGGAGGAGGAGGGGGAGGGCGAAGGCUAAACUUUGA